GCCACCUACCAAGGGGUUCUUUAAGAAACCUUGUCGGAGACUACAUUCCAAAAUAUACUUUCUCUUUCCAAACCACCACGCUGCCUUCAUCCUACCCCAUUCUAUCGUAAAUGUUAGAACGAUUUUCCAACACAUCACACGAGACAACAUCACGACUAUGGGCAAGAAGGCAAAUAGGAAGCCUACAGUGUUGCUGAGCAAAGUCCCUUCUCUGCGCGACAUCUGUGAUGCACUUGGCUUUCGCAACUCUAAAGAACAAAACGCUUUCACCGACUUCAGUCACAAAUGGCGUAAGACUUACAGGACGAGCGACAACCGUUCCGGCACCGAUCUGAUCCAGUGGAAGCUUCAAAGUACACAAGAUGAUCUAACGAGAAUGGCCAACACCUUUCUCCAUGGGGUCGGAACUGGAGAGAAAUUUUGGCCUCACCUCGAGAACCCAGGAGACAGGCUGUGCUUCCCUGACGACGAAGAGAAAAUAAUUGAUUUGCUAAAGCAGCUGUUCUGGAAACAGAAUAAAUAUGCUUUUAACAAUGCAAAAUAUCCUAAGAACAAUGAGUCGCGAGAUCCAUUUCGCCAUAGCGUUGGUCGUCAAUCAUCAAGGGACGCAUCAGAGAAUCUAGCCCCUAGCAUCUCUAUUGAAAGUUCUGUAAAUCGUCCUGCUACAGAUAUGGUAAUAGUUCCUAAAGUUAAGGAUCGGCACAAGAGUGAAGAGGAAUCGGACGAGGAACUGAGCACGCGUGAAUUCACGCCCGACAAGCCUCAAAGCACGUCAAAGUAUGCCGCCACAUGUGAGACCGAGGUUGGAGAUGAUGUCUAUACCAUUCAAGACGAUGAACCCACUACCACACCACGCGCGACUCGGCGGAAAAACCGCCUCUAUGAUGAGGCUCACCUAUCUCCAAACAAGUUAGCCAGCAAACCGUUAUCAGACACAACGUCACGCAGCACCUCCUCGAAGCGCCCCUCUCAAUCAACUCCUGGUUCAUCACCGAAAGUACCAAUGCGAGGUGAUGAUCGCGCCCUCAAACGCCCAAAGAUUUCUAACGGCAAGUCUUCAGAAAGCAUACGCAGCGAUUUUGGCUCUCCCCGUCGGGUCUCCGACCGCAAACCUGUACCUCGUGUCAUCUCAGGAACCGUUCCCAGCGCCAAUGUCAAUGAGUACAUUGCCGACGAUCAGUCGGAGAGCCCCGUCCCAACCUCCCAGAGCAGCAAUGCUAGCAGCAAAUCCCGGGCACAGGUUGUCCUGAAAAAGCAGCAUCCAACUGGUCCGCCAACUAUAAUGAAGACUACGGAACUAGAUAAAGAUCAAGCGCAGUCCAAAAAAGAUUCGCUACAUCCUCAGAAGCACCAGUCCCCUGCCGCACCGCCAUAUUUGUCCCCAUAUUUACCCACGCCUCUUGUCGCCUCUAGGGAUAUUUCCCCAUCCCCAUCACCAUCUCCACCACUUCACUCACCGUCACCCGCUCCAUUAAAUGUGCCAAUUCCACAGGAUUCCAGACUUAAGCCCUCGCCUCCGCCGACAAAGCAACUACCUCCGGCACAACACCCACCCCCACCAACAAAGCACUCAGUCACCCCAACCGCGCCGCCCGCCAAGGCUCCCCUCCCAAUCCCCUUCCACAUCCUCCAGCACACCGACGGCAUCACGCGCCAGACCUUCUGGGAAGCGGGACGCUUCGGUACCAAGCCCCUAGACGAGUUCCUCGGUGACCUAGCGGAGAAGCUGCGGUGCCGGCCAGCGGACAUCACGAUGGUCAAGCUGGUGCUGAGGCUAGGGCCCCUGGAAAUCGAUGCCGACGUUGAGGCUGGGCGCGAGGAUGUGUGGGAGAUAAUGAAGGGGACGUUUAAGGACGAGAUACGCAGGGCGAAGGUGAGAGGGAUAGGGAUAGGAGCGGUGAAUGUUCUGGUCCAGCCAGUGAUGAUGGAGAAGGGUGGGUCGCAGUGCGGUGGGGAUGGGGAGGAGGAUGAGUUUGAGUUAUAAAGGGGAUAUAUGAUAGUAAUGGGUAGGAAUAGAAAGCAAAAUGAGCUGUGACAGGGUGUAUAGCUAUAAUGUGAUGUCUUGGCGACCUGUCGCUUUUGCAAAUGCAACUUCUCGUUUGAUUGUGAGGUCGGGACAUAU